GUCGACGACAUCUUGGCGCCAUUGAUGGGUUGCCUUGCAAUAGUUUGAGGCGCUUUCGGUCGUCGAGUGUGACUUACAAUACAGCAUCCGCUACUAGCUUUGCCUUCCCAAACGACAGAGCUCUAGGAGCUCUCCCACUGCCCCUCCACCUCCCAUAGAGGAGCUUCGGUCCAGCCCAAAGACGAGACGAUUGUCGACGACGCUUAGUCCAGCCAUGUUGCGUCUAUCCCAAUUGCCAUGGGGCGUGGCCUUGGCCCUCGCUGCUGCACUCCAGGCUGCUGCUGCCCCAUCCGUCAACGUGGGCAUGAACGCUGCGUUCCCACGUGCCCCAUAUCUGCUUGAGCUUCUUGAGACAGCUGCUGGCGAAAACGCGACUUCGUAUUUCCCUCUUCUCGACAAGAUCGCAAGCGGUCACUUCGCAUCGGCUGCGACGGAUGAAGAGUUCUAUACCCAAUUCCUAGAGGUUCUUCAGCAGGAUGGCCAUAUUGCCGGCCUGGAUUCUAUGUCUACGUUCAACCUCGCCCUCUCCCUACGAUCUGCGGCACCACGAAUUGAGGCGCAUUACCAAUACUACUCGACGGCAGUCGAACCAGGGGUUUCGACAGGAGCCAAGGACGAGUGUCCCGAGUGGGCUCUUCUUGAUUCUAAGCAAUACUGCGCGCCGACCCUGACCACGCCGAUCAAGACCGGCCUAACCUCUACGCAGCUCAAGACGUUACCCUUUGACCGAACUCUCGGAGUCGGAAAGGAAGCGAUCCUCUAUGCUGACCCUACGUCUCCUUCUUUUGGCCCAUACCACGAGGCUCUUUCAAAGGCAGCCAAGCGAGGAGAAGUUUCAUACCGGCUGCGAUACCGACGGAGCACUCAUAGUCCAGACGCACCAUUGCCGGUGAGCGGCUAUGGUGUCGAACUCGCCCUGAAAAGAACCGACUACAUCGUCAUCGACGAUCGAGAAGCCGAUCAAGACUCUCAGCAAAAACCCAUCGUCGAGGAUGUGGUCCUGGAUGGCGAGGAGGAGGUCACUGACCUGAAGCCUCUUUCGACCACAGAGCUAUCUUCCCUAGGCUUGAAGGCUGCAUCGUUCAUUCUGAAGAGUGAGAACCCCUUAGAGGCGCUCGUUAAAGCAACACAAGACUUUCCCAAGUUUUCGGCUUCCAUUGCUACCCACGAGGUUUCCGAAGGCUUUGCCAAAGAGCAACAGGCAAACGUCGCUGCGGGUAUUCCGGGUGGCAUCGGAUACCUGUGGAUGAACGGGGUGCGUCUCAUUGAGCGUCAAAUCGAACCUUUCCAGCUUGUGGAAAUGAUCCGCCGUGAACGCAAGCUUAUCAAUGGGGUACGGGAUCUUGGCUUCAAUGGCAAGCAGGCCAUUUCUCUGCUUGGCCACCCAAAGAUUGCUGGAGCCAAAUCGGGAGACGAGCCUAUGAGAUUUGACUGGACAGACCGGUCAGAGGAAGGCAAGGUACUUGUCUGGCUGAACGAUCUUGAAAAUGACGAGCGCUAUGAAUCAUUCCCGAAGGAUUUGACGUCGCUGCUUCAGCGCACCUAUCCCGGUCAGCUGCCCAAGGUGGCUCGUAACAUCUUCCACCUCGUUACACCUGUAGACUUCACGAAUACUGAGGAUCUGACGGCGGCACUCCAGAUCGGCUCAUUCAUGCAACGGGGCAUCACACUAAGAUUUGGACUUGUCCCCUUGACGUCAACCCCCGAGGCUGUUGCUCAAGCCAAGAUUGUGUACUACUUGGUUGAAACCUACGGCGCCGAUGCUCUUAUCGCAUAUCUACAAGCGUGCCAUCAAGGGCCAAGCAAGGAAGCAGAUGAGAGUGCAUUUGCGAAGGCGAUUGAGGGUCUCGAGACAGACUCGACCAGGUUGACCUUUGCUGAGAUCCUUUUGGCAGAGUCUUAUGCUCACCAGGUCAAACUUUCGCAAGCCUGGGUGAGUCGGUUGAAGGCAGACACCCCCGUGCGUCCUAUCUUCUCCAACGGUUUAGCCAUUCCGCGAGAGGACAACUGGGUACAGGCGAUGGGCAUGCGCCUGGGCGAGGAUCAACAAACCGUACAACAGGGUGUGUACCUCGGUACCAUCGAUGAUGAAACAUGGCUUCCGGGGGUGUUCCUCGAGAACGCAGUAGCGGCAAGGAACACUUAUAUCUUCCCCGACGAUGACAAGGCUCUUCGCAUCCUUGAUGUCAGCAAACUCUACACUGAUCACUCCGAUCUCUUCAACGGACUCCCUGUCCUUGAGGCCUCCUCGGAUUCGACUAAGGAGACUUGGGCUCUGCUGAGUGUUAUCGCGGACUUGGAUAGUGAGGAUGGCCAAGAGUUGUUGGUUUCUGCCUUGCAGUUCAAACGCAGCAAUCCAAGUGUUAGACUCGAUCUGGUCCACAAUCCCCCAGCCUCCUCCGGCGCGGCCAAGGUGAACAGUGCCUUGAAGGCAGCGGAAGGAAAGCUUGCCGAGAUUGAAAACAAGAAGCAGUUGAAGACCCUCCUUGUGUCUCAUGAAAGCACCCAAGAUGACGGCUUCUCUAGUGCCUUGGCGAGAUUUCUCCCGGUUGCAAAGGUCCUUCCCGGUACACAGGCUCUUGUCCUCAACGGUCGUCUUGUUGGCCCCAUCAACUCUGGUGACUCCUUCGGGGCGGAUGACUUCCAGCAGCUCCUCGCCUUCGAACAAACCAGCAGGAUUCUUCCCGUUUAUGGUGCUAUUGAGGAGCUUGGAUUCAGUGAUAAGCUCACUGACCCCAUCGCCGCCGCAAAGCUCACCUCUAUCACUGCUCUCUCCACCAUUUCUGAACUCCCCGAGGGCAUAUUCGAUUCUGCACCCGCCGUGCGAAGCACACCCUAUAACACCUGGAUCUCGACGCACACUGCGAUCGAGGUGGGUGACGCGGAAACGGCAAGCAUUCACAUUGUCGGUCUCCUGAAUCCUGCUAGCGAGCAGGGUCAGAGAUGGGCUCCCAUUCUCAAGGUCCUGUCGGAGCUGGAUGGCGUGUACUUGAAGCUCUUCAUCAACCCUCGGGAUGUGGUUGCAGAACUUCCGGUCAAGCGAUUCUUCCGGUAUGUCUUGGAUUCAAAGCCUUUUUUCGAUGAGGCCGGCAACGUCAAGGGGCCAAAGGCUAUCUUCAAGGGUCUCCCAUCGGAAGCUCUCCUCACGGCAGGCAUGGACGUUCCUCCUGCGUGGCUCGUGGCCGCUAAGGACUCGGUUCAAGACCUCGACAACAUCAAGCUGAGCUCCGUCAAGGGAGACGUCGACGCCACGUACGAGCUCGAGCACAUCCUCAUUGAAGGCCACUCCCGAGAGAACAAGCGAGGCGCCCCGAAGGGUGCCCAGGUGGUGCUGUCGACAGAAAAGGACCCUCUCCUGGAGGACACGAUUGUCAUGGCCAACCUAGGAUAUUUCCAGUUCAAGGCCAACCCUGGAUUCUACAACAUUCAAUUGAAGGAGGGUCGCAGCACCGAAAUCUUCGAAAUCGAGAGCGUCGGUGCCAUGGGUUACUCUGCCGUUCCAGGAGACGAGGGCACCGACGUCGCGCUUAUGGACUUCAAGGGAACUACGCUAUACCCCCGUGUCAACCGAAAGCCCGGCAUGGAGGAGGCUGAAGUGCUCGAGGAACCCGAUGAUGAGGGUGGCAUUGUUGCCCAGGGUCUCAAAUUCGCAGAGAGCAUCCUCGGCGGUGGCAAGUCGGCCAAGGCCAUCUCAGCCAAGGAGCACGCGGAGAUCAACAUCUUCUCCGUGGCAAGUGGACACUUGUACGAGCGCAUGCUCAACAUCAUGAUGGUUUCCGUCAUGCGCAACACUAAGCACACGGUCAAGUUCUGGUUCAUUGAGCAGUUCCUGUCGCCCUCGUUCAAGGAGUUCAUCCCACACAUGGCGGCCGAGUACGGGUUCAAGUACGAGAUGGUGACGUACAAGUGGCCGCACUGGCUGCGACAGCAGAAGGAGAAGCAGCGCGAGAUCUGGGGCUACAAGAUCUUGUUCCUGGACGUGCUGUUCCCGCUGUCGCUCGACAAGGUCAUCUUCGUCGACGCGGAUCAGAUCGUGCGCACCGACAUGAUUGACCUCGUCAACCACGACCUUGAGGGCGCGCCGUACGGCUUCACGCCCAUGUGCGACUCGCGCACCGAGAUGGAGGGCUUCCGGUUCUGGAAACAGGGCUACUGGGCCAACUACCUGCGUGGGCUUCCGUAUCACAUCUCGGCCCUCUACGUCGUCGACCUGCACCGCUUCCGCCAGCUCGCAGCCGGCGAUCGCCUGCGCCAGCAAUACCACGCACUGUCGGCUGAUCCCAACAGCCUCUCUAACCUCGACCAAGACUUGCCCAACCACAUGCAGUUCCAGAUCCCCAUCCACAGCCUACCGCAGGACUGGCUCUGGUGCGAGACGUGGUGCAGCGACGAGUCCCAGCCCAGCGCCCGCACCAUUGAUCUAUGCAACAACCCGCAGACCAAGGAGCCUAAGCUGGACCGCGCCCGCCGCCAAGUCCCCGAAUGGACCGUGUACGACGACGAGAUUGCCGCCCUCGACCGCCGCCGCAAGGGCCUCCCCUCUUCUGGUGAUGCUUCAGACAAGGGCAAGGCGGAGAGCAACACCAAGAGCCGUAACUGGGAGGAGGAGAAGCCGGGGCAUACCAUAGAUGAGCUGUAGACGUAGCAAACUGUUGAAUAGUAUAAGUUGAGAUAGAACAUAUGUAGAAUAAUACUGUC